AUGAUUAGAGAAAUCAGAAGAGUGGAUGGGAGUGUUGUGAACACUCAUUCUGAGAUCAAGCAGGAAGCUGUAAACUUCUUCUCAGCCUUUUUAAAUCGAGUUCCGGGUAAUCUUCAGAGUAUAAAUAUGGAGGAGAUGCAGAGUCUUCUUGGGUUUAGAUGUUCUGAAGAAGAAAGUCGUAUGUUGGAAGAGGAGGUUUCUGGAGAGGAAAUUAGAAAAGUAGUAUUUGCGAUGCCAAAUAAUAAAUCUCCGGGUCCUGACGGUUAUUCUAUUGAGUUUUUCAAGACCACCUGGCCAGUAGUUGCUCAUGACUUCACUAUAGCAGUUCAGUCAGUUUUAAGCUUGGUAGUUUCUGAGCUAAUGGCAAAUAGAUUGAAAAAGCUUCUUCCUCAGAUUAUUGCGGAAAACCAAUCUGCUUUUGUUAAAGGAAGAUUGCUAAUGGAGAAUGUCUUGUUAGCAUCUGAGCUUGUGAAGGAUUACCAUAGAGAAUCAAUAAGCCCGAGAUGUGUCAUGAAGAUCGACAUUUCUAAAGCUUUUGAUUCUGUGAAUUGGGAGUUUGUUUUGAAGAUUCUUGAAGCGUUGGGAUUUUCUGCAAAGUUUAUUCAUCUGAUUGGAUUAUGCAUUAUGACUCCAUCUUUCUCGGUGCAAGUAAAUGGGGAUUUAUCGGAUGAUUUAAUGGUGUUUGUAGAAGGAUCAAAGCAAUCUAUUCAAGGUGCUCUGUCUGUUUUUGAUGAAUUUGAAGGGCCAAUGCUGAAAUCGUCAAAUGCAAAAGUAGCUUGGAAAGACAUUUGCUGCAAGAAAAAUGAAAGGGGUUUGGGAAUCAGGAACUUAAGGGAGGUAAAUAAAGUUUAUGGUCUGAAAUUGAUCUGGAGAAUGCUAUCAGGUUCAUCGUUAUGGGGCGAAUGGAUUAAAGCUAAUCUUUUAAAAGGGAAAAGCUUUUGGGAAGUAAACUUGAAGAUGCAAAAUGGUUCUUGGAUGUGGCACAAGAUGUUGAAGCUAAGAAGUGUUGCAAAGCUUUUUUAUAAGGUAGAAGUUGGAAAUGGGAGAUCUAGUUCAUUCGGGUUUGAUCAUUGGUCUGAGAAAGGAGUCCUCUCUGAUCUGCUUGGUGACAGAGGUAUUACUGAUAUGGGAUUGUGUAAAAACGCCACUGUGGAGGAGGCUGUACUACAGGUAAGAAGGAGAAGAAGGCAUAGGUCGAUAGUUCUCAAUGAAAUUGAAGAGGAGAUUAACUUCAUAAAGAACAACUUCAACUCUGAGAAGGAAGAUACUAGCCUUUGGAGAAGAGACUCUGGAUAUAAGAAAGAUUUCUCCACUCAGGAAACGUGGAACCAGUUAAGAGAUAAGAAGACUUUAUGUGAAUGGGCUUUAGAGGUAUGGUUCUCGCAAGCAACCCCCAAAUAUGCUUUCAUGGCAUGGUUGGCUGUUCUCAAUAGGAUGUCGACUAUGGACAGAGUGGUGAAAUGGAGUCAGGCACAAGUAUGGGAAUUCAUUGCUAAAGGGUUGUUGUGUAACUCUUAUACUACUGUCUGGUCUGAGAUCAUUGCUAUUAUCUCGGAUAAGACAAGGGAGAAGAAGAACCUGCUCUGUAUAAGAUAUGCUUUCCAAGCGGUUCUUUAUGCAUUAUGGAGAGAAAGAAAUAAGCUGAAGCAUGGAGAAAAGGGUAUGUCGUUGGAUGUUCUCAGAAGAGUUAUUGAAAAGGGCAUUCAUAACAGAAUCAGUCUGAUCCGGAAGAGUGGUACUAAAGGGAUGGAGGAGCUAAUGAUUUACUGGUUUAACACUAGAUAA